UCCGACCCACCAAUACCAUCGGCCCGGUCAAAAAGAUCUAUAUUACGAGCGCGAGAAUGAGGAGAAAAUCAAAGCGAAAAUCGAGACCGAAUCGGAGCGUCCUUAAUGCGUCCUCGAUAGAGCACAGCAUCCUGGUAAACGAGGAUGCCGAGAAUGGCGAAAAAUCAAAAUUAAUCCUCAUAACCGACCGCCUCUGUCUGCCGCCUUACCGCAACGAGGACUCCGAGCUCGAUGUCGCGGAACUUCAGUUGGACAUCCGUCCACGCGCCUACUUUGUCAGCGGCCUCUGCUACUUCUGCUCGAGGCUGUGCGCUGAGCCCGAAUUCCCGUGCGAGGGCUGCCACAUGCUCGCCUACUGCUCGCCGGAGCAUCGCCUUGAAGACGCUGAAUCCCACAUCAUCCUCUGCAAUGCUCUUGCACAGCUCGGUAAUGGACAUUCGACGACAGCCGGGAGCCUCGAUGGCCCCGGUUACCGUCGUCUCCGCGUGGAGCUGGUGCGCGCCGCCGCGACGGCGCUGGCACGCGACCUCGAGCCGCGGGAGCGCGAGAUCCUGCUUUAUCCGAAGGUGUGUCGCGUGUGCCGGAAAACAGAGUGCCUCGAGCGUUGCCCCGGAUGCCUUGUCGUGUACCACUGCGCGGGUGAGCACGCGGUCGGCCACGAGCAGGACUGCGCGCAGUUCCGCAUCCUUGGGUGCAUCCUCGAGACGGAGAGGGCGAGCGGCUUCGUCGCACCCGAGCUCCCGGCAUUUCCAGUUCUUCAACUACCCGAGAAUUUCGAUCGACUCGUUAGGCUGAUUUUCCAGAGGGAUGAUUACGAGAGGAUCGACUGCACCUCGUACGCAGCCCUUUCACAGGCCGCCACUCCACCUCUUACAGCUCUGUUCGUCAUGGGCAAUUUGCCAGGAUAUGCCUCGUGGACGGCUAAGGUGAUUGCUCAGAGGUUGAAGACCUUGAGGAUCCACAUAAUCGGUGCGGAGCUACAGUUCGAGUGCGCAAAUCUCACGCUAUGGGAGAAGCUGUUUUUGCACCUGCUGCCGCACCUCCGCAGCCUCAAGCUGGAGCUCUACGGUCCGGAACUGCGGGUACCGAGUAACCUGGCCGCCAUCCUCGAGAAGCCUCCAUUGUGCGGCGGCUGUCGAAAAUCGGGCAGAACACUCGACGUCGUCUUCCACUGCGGUGAAUUUUAUCAUGAGGUAGUGAGCGACGACGUGCCCGACCUCGUGUGUCUCUUCAAUCCAGGAUUGUAUCGCACAACCGGUUACGCAAAUCAGGAUACUUGGCCUAGGACAAUUGAGAAAUGCUGCGACCACGGAGUACCGAUCAUUGUGACCUCGUACACGCAAGUUGAAUUGCCCCUUGACCUCGAGCGUAUACGCGAGCUGCGGGAGGUUGAGAUUGAGCUGGAGCCCCGACGGAAUCCGUUUGCCUCGCUCAGGCCCGAGCGGAACUUUGUCAGCGACGACGUAGCGCCUCUCAUCUACAAGAAUUACUACGUCGGCGUGGUCAGGGUUACCUCCAGUACUCGCUAA